AUGCCCGGCUGCAGUCUAACACGCCUUCUCUUCACCCUCUUUGGGCUCCUAGACCUAACUCUAGCAAACCCCAUCAAGGCAAAUGCAAACCCCUUCCUCCUAGCCAGACAAACUAUCACCCCUGGAGGACAGCCCUGUGGCCAACACGGCCCAGAGAACAGACGUUGCUGGCGAAACCUUUGGAAUAUCGCUACUGAUCCGGACGUCAGCAUUCCCCCUGCUUACAACAAUCGAUAUUAUGACUUGCACAUCACCAAUGCGACAAACUGGCCAGGGCCGGACGGCGUGCGGAAGCACGCUAUGCUCAUCAACAAUCAAUUUCCCGGCCCUACUAUCGAAGCAGAAUGGGGCGAUUACAUCGUGGUAAAUGUUUACAAUGACCUACAAGACAACGGGACAUCUAUCCACUGGCAUGGCAUCCGCCAAUUCGGCGAGAGCAACCAAGACGGCACCAACGGGGUCACCGAGUGCCCCAUUCCCCCAGGACACAUGAAAACAUACAGCUUCCACGUCACUCAGUACGGAACGUCCUGGUACCAUAGCCACUUCUCCAACCAGUACGGCAACGGCGUGCUCGGCGCACUGAUCGUCAAAGGCCCGGCCUCCGCCAACUACGACAUCGACCUUGGCCCGUACAUCAUCAGCGACUACUACCAUGAGACAGCAGACAGAUUGCAUCUCCAGGCAGAGCUAGCCCGCAACGGGCCCCCUCCAGACAGCGACAACAUCCUUUUCAGGGGCAAGAACAUCAACCCCGACGGCUCAGGCCGCGGCUCCUAUGACCGCUUAACCCUCACCCCAGGCAAGAAACACCUGCUUCGUCUGAUCAACGCAAGCGUGGAUAACUCCUUCACGGUUUCCCUUGUGGGACAUAACUUCACGGUCAUUGCGACCGACAUGGUCCCGGUUCAACCAACCAUCCGCAAGAGCCUCUUCAUGGCCGUCGGUCAGCGUUAUGAUGUUAUCGUCACCGCUGACCAACCUGUAGAUAACUAUUGGCUGAACGUCACUCUCGAAGCAAACAACAAUUGUGGCCGCUCUCGCAACCCCUACCCAGCAGGCAUCAUCCAUUACGAGGGAGCCAGCCCAACCGCCCUUCCCACCAACCGUGGCACCCCCAUCGUAGCAACCUGCACCGGCGAGACAGGAUUCACCCCUGUCGUGCCGCGGAAUAUCCCUCCCAAUUUCUUCCGCCCUUCAGACAUUGCCUCCAACACCUUGCCAAUCGGUCUCAACAUCGUCAACCACACCACCAAAGGCCAAAUCUUCUCCUGGCAUGUGAAGGACACGCCCAUUUCCGUGGAAUGGGGGCAUCCAGUAUUGGAAUACAUCCUCGAAGGGAAUUAUUCCUUUCCGGCAGCGAUUAAUCUGAUUCAACUCAACCAAAAAGACACCUGGACACUCUUCCUGGUGCAUAGUUCGUUGUCAUUACCGCACCCAAUCCACCUCCACGGACAUGACUUCCUCGUUCUAGGCCUGGGCACCGGCACCUUUGAUCCUCAGAAACACCUUCCCCUACUAAAUUACUCAAACCCCGUCCGGCGAGACGUCGAACAGCUCCCCGGUCCGGGAUGGGCCGCCAUAGCGUUCAAAACAGAUAAUCCGGGCGUGUGGCUUAUGCACUGUCAUAUCGGGUGGCAUGUUGCGAUGGGAUUGGGAGUGCAGUUUUUGGAGAGAGCGAGCGAGAUGAGGGUGCUGAUGAAGUUGGAUCAGGUGGUGCCGAACUGUAACGCGUGGAGAGAGUAUGAACGGGUGGGGAAUUGGUUGCCUAGGGGGGAUACGGAUUCGGGGUUAUGA